AUGAUUCUCAUUCCAAGUCAAAAAUGGAGCUAUUUCGAAGACAACUGGGACCCUAUCUGGGUAGCGGAUGCAAAGAAGACAGUGCAGGACUUUUGGCAAUCUCAACUGGGUUUGCAAAGUGGUGUCCGUGUUGUCCUUAUGGAAAAGGUCAAACGUUACCGGUAUUCACUCAUCGAGGAUCUUAUACUUCACGUCAAGACUGCAAUGAAUGCUGUUAGCCUACACUCCCGAGAAAGCUUUACGGAUUUCCUCCAACGCUUCCCCUUGAUUGCGGAUUACGAUCAGCUCGACAAAGAUGAGUUCCACGGGACCUUUAAACGGCGUUCAAAUACAAAGGCGCCAAAACCUAUCUCGAAGAAACAUGCCCUUAUUCAAGGACAAGAAUAUAUCUUGAGUAGGGCUUCUCCGCCGCCGCCAAAGCGCCGCAAAGAAACUCUAGUCCCUGGGCGUAGUGCUCGGGUGAUAGAGUGA